CUUUUGGAUUGUUUGCUGGGAACCAAAUACAUCAACUCUUUCAGCGCUUGUGUAUUUCGGCCAUUUAUUGUGUUUUUAAUGUAUAAUUUGUGAAUACCGGUGAAAUGUCAGACACUACCGAAGUGACGGAGGUAUCGAUGGAUGCUGUGCAGAAUGCGUCUGAUGAUGUCGAUAUAUACUGCGAACCGUGUUCUACGGAUAGAAAAAGCACUCUAGCUAAAGGGUUUUGCGUACAGUGUGAGGAAUAUAUUUGCGAUACAUGUAUUAAACAUCAUAGAAAGUUUUCGAUGUCUCGUUUGCACACAGUUCUUGAUCAAUCCCAAAUGCCGACGAACUACAAGAAACAAGAACCACAAGCUGCGGAAUGCAUUGAGCCUUGUAUCAAACAUCAGAAGGAAAUCAUCAAGUUUUUUUGUAAACAUCAUAAAGUUCUUGGCUGUUCUGUUUGUAUAAUGCUUGAACAUCGAACAUGUGAUGUCGAAUAUAUUCCAGAAGUAUCUAUAAACUUCCGUAACGCCAACGAGUAUAUCGCAACAAAGAAAAGGUUAACAGAUUUGAUCAGGCAUGUUGAAGCGAUGGUCCAGGAAUCGUGCAGUAAGCUGGAUUAUGUUCACGAAAUGUUUUCGUUAGAAAUCGAAGAAAUAAAAUCUUUUCGUUUGGAAGUAAUUUUAUUUUUAGAAACCAAAGAAAGAGAAUUAUUGGACAACAUCCAUUCACUUAGACAAAAGAACAUGAACAUAAUUAACAAGGUUAAAUCAGAGGCAGAACAAAUCGGAGAACGCCUGCUUGAAAUGAAUGGGUCACUGGAUGAUGAAGAUGCUAACGAUGUUCAGCUGUACAUGGCGGCAAAAGAUAUUAAAUCACAGUUUGAUGAUCUGAAAAACCUAGUUUAUAAUGUCGGAAGCAAGGCAAGCUUCAGUGAAUUUUGUUUCAAGAAGGACGCAGCAACGGCAUCUAUUUUACAGUCAACAGUUGCCUUUGGAAGAAUUGAGGCUAAUGACCUGAGUAUUUGGCAUCAGUUCCGUCCGAAAGAGUGUCUACUCACUGCUAGUAUAAACCUGGGAACUACAUACACUGGCAUGGUCUAUAUGUUGCCGGCGACAUCUUUUGUUGGUACUCUGGUUUUCCACCAAAAAGGGCUUGUUGAAAACGUUCCAGCAAGUUUACUGCUUCAGCCUGAUGAACAAACAGUUGAAGCGUUUGGGUUUAAUGCUGAAGAUAAAUACUCAGAAUUGUCGGAGGAAAACAAGUGUAAAUGGUAUUACUUUAAACGGUUUUGGAUACAGAUUAAUGAAAACAAGUGUCUAUCUUUAGACACAAUGAUAAGAGAUGAGAGAGAGAAGGGACUGAAAGCUUCGGCUGUGAUUUCAUCACUUCUAAAAAAAGUUCUUGAGGAAUUCUUUUUAUCGCCUGCGAUAAGCAAAGCAGAUUUGACGCCGACGGAUAUGCACUUGAUUUUAACAGUGCCUGGUACUUGGAAUAACGAUGCAAAAACGCUGAUGAAACGUGCAGUCCGACAGACUGGUGUAAACCUGGGAAACUUGAGCGUAGUUAGCGAAACCGAUGCGGCAUCCGUCUUUUGUUUACGUGGUGACAUUUUCCAAGAGGAUAUUCCCAAGCCCAACACACGUUAUAUUCUUUGUGAUUUAAAAGACGAAAGAUUGGACCUUACUUUGCACGAGGUGGACACCGAGAGGAAAACCAAGCAUUUGGUUACUGAGCAUGAUUGUUCACUUGGCCUAUCUAUUGUUAAUGAUGCUAUCGAAAAAUUUAUCAAUUCCCUGGCUGGUUGUGAUGUUAUGACAUGCCUAAGAAUGGAGCAUUCCGAAGAUUAUCGGAGUUUAAUGGAAGAUUUUGUGGAGACUCUUAGGCAUGUUAAUCUUGCAUCGAGUAAAUUAUCGAUCCGCAUAUCAGAAUCGUUACUCAGAACCGUCGAAAAAAUGACAUCAAGAUCUUUUCAGGAUCAAAUUAAAUUGUCCUUGAUCAAUAAGGGGGUGAAACUGUUAAGCUGCUACAAAUUACGGAUCGACAAACUUGUGUACGAUUCACUUUUUGAUGCAUUUAUAAAAGGUACAGCUGCUCGGAUACGGACAUUUAUAACAAAGCAUGAUCAUAGGAUUAAUCAAAUACUGGUGGUAAGUCAAUUCGUUAUACCUGAACCACUACAAGAAGGGGUUAGAACAGCUUUGUCAGACCUGAAAGUUGUAAUCCCAACCGAGCAUUCACAUGCAGUUCUCCAUGGUGCCACCAUGUGGGGUCAACAGGCGCUUUGAUUCGCAAUAUAAUUUGGUGUUAAGUUUUUGGAGUAUAUGGUAACACUGUCGUGAACAUUAACGCAUGAUGUAUUUUUGGUUAUUUUCUUGUUAUGUAGGGGUAGGAUGAAGUACUAAUUAACAACAAAAUAAAAAACAGCUUUCUAGUAUGUUGUCUUAAGUACGAUUGUUUGAUCCGAGUUUGAAUAUACCUGUACUAUUAUAUUGUUAUCAGAAAAAUGUACCUGUCUUAAAUUUGUUUAUGAAUAUCUGAAGUUUAUAAAAGAAAAUUUACAUAAUUUUUUUUUACAUUAAGCGAAUUUUUUUUUCAUUUUUUCUCAUUUAUUGAUGCAGUCUUAUGAAGUCAUCAAUCACACAAAGUAGAAAUGUAAAAACAUGAGUGGUUUUACAUUUUCAUAAAGUACCAACUCUCUUAACCUCACACAUGCACACACAUAUUAAAAAACACAUACAUAAACUUGCACACAUAUACAGACAAGAAAAAAAUAACAUAUGGCAGUAAAUAACACAAUUCAAAAAGAUAAUAACAUAGAAGUAGAAUUUAACAUUUCUCUUGUGAUAAGUAUACUUCCUUCCUCACAUAUGUUCAUAAUGCACACCCAAUUACACACACAUACACACGCACACACACCUCGCACACUCUCACACACUCAACAUGUAUUCUAUGACAUGUUUAACAGUUUGUAUUAUGGAUAAAUAUAAGAGUAGUAAUUUCUUUCAUGCUGUGUUUCUGUAAUUUACAAUUAAAAAUACAGUUGAUAAAGAACAACACGAAAAGGCGAACAAAUAAGACAACGAUAUUUUAGUAAUUUUUUUGGGCAUUGUUAUAUAAAAACUGUAUAUGAAUACUAAGUUCUAUUUAAAAAAUAUUGAUUGAUGUGGAUCCAUUUUUGUUUGUGUGUUUCAAUUUUGUUUUUAAAAAGCGCAAUUUCUUCUUCUGUCUGUAUCCUUAACUUCAAAUAAUUUAAGAAUAUGUUAAAUUUUGGAAUACAUUUCUUUUUUUUCAUAUUGAAUAUGAAUACUUUCAUCAAAAUGAUAAUAAAAUUGAGAACUUCACUAUGUAAUUGUAUUUCUGUAUUUCCAAGGAAAGCAGAUAUUUUAUUUAUUUGAACAUUUAUUUAUAUAUUUAUAUGAACAUUCCCAAAACAAAUGAUCGAUUGUUUCAACGCUUUCUUGACAAAAAUCACACAGGCUGCUAUUUUUUAGUUUACAUUUCAUAAGAAACUUAUUUGUUGGAAUGAUUCUUUAUAAGAAUUUGAAUUGAAAGUUACGUAAGUAAGUAUGUAUUGUUGACUUAAAUGGAAGUUUAUAUAUUGUUCUCGAGUUGAGGUUUUCAUUUAAAUUAAGGCAUGAAUUCCAUUUCCUUUCUAUACUGUUGUCGAUAUUACUUUGUUUUGUAUAUUGUAGAGAGUUUUGUUUACCUGUUUUGAGUUUUUAAUUAUAUCAACAAAAGUUGUCUCUGAUAUAGUUAAUGCAUUAGUUCCUUGCGUAUACAAUAUUGAUUUAUAUUCUUUUGGUAUAGCAGAAGUUUAAAAAUUCAUGAGAGUCAAUGUUGUAUAAAUAUUUUUAUUCAUCAAAUGUAUAAUAAUGUAUAAUAAGUAUGUUUUCGAUAGUUGUACACUGACCGAUAGUUUUUAUACCAUUGUUAUACCAGUUUGUAAAAAAGAAAGAAUUGUUAUUUACCUUUAUGCAUUUAUUAUUCCAUAUUACAUUUUGAAACCUUAUAUUGGUUCUUAACACUUUGCCAGGAUGUAAGUACAUCUUUUAAGAACACAUUAUUUUUACUUACAUUUUGUAUUAUAGAAUAAUCUCGAUUGCUUUCAAAUAUAAGACAGUUACGAAUUUGUUUAGUUUUUUUUCCAAUAGAGUUUUCCAUUUACCUUUAUUAUUUUUAUCCAGAUAUCGUUUAACCCAGCUCGCUUUAAUGGCAUUUAGAAAACAAUCAAUAUCCGUAAGUUUAAUGCCAUCAUUUUUAUAAUUUUGUGUUAGACUUUCUUUUUAAUUUUGUCUGGCUUAUUGUCCAAUAUGAAUUCAAAUAUUCCUGUUUUUAAUCCUUCUAUUACUUUUUUUGUUGGGUUAGAAAGAACAGCUAAGGGAUGAAUUAAUUUUGGUAGCGCAAACGUUUUUAUUACUGUGACCUUCCCCAUUGGAGUGAGUUUCCUAUGUUGCCAUUGUUUUAAACAGCAUUCAAAUUCUUGAAUUUUUGGCAUUAAAUUGUUGUCUAUGUUUUAUUUAUGUUGAUUAUAAAAAUGUAUACCUAACGUUUUUGCCUCAUCAGAUGUCCAAAUAAAUUUAUUUUCUGUGCUGUAUUUGAUGUUUGAGUUUUUUAGUGAUCCGAUUCUCAUGACUGUAGAUUUUGAUGCGUUGAGGUUUAGUCCGGAUAUUUUUCUGAAAUUUUUAAGAGUUUGAACUAAUAUUUUAAAUGAAUUAGGCGAACCAUCAUUAAAAAAGUUGCAUCAUCUGCAAAGAAGGUCUGUUUUAUUUCUGCCCCAUGUAUCUUUAUCCCUUUAAAAUUAUUGUUUUUAUUUAUGUAGUUUGACAGUAAUUCUAAACAUAUAAUAAAGAGCGACGAAGACAGAGGACAACCUUGACGAACACCUUUUUCUAUUUUAAAAUUCCUAGAAAGAUGGUCAUUAUUAAUAAUGACACUAUUUAUAUCAUUAUAAAAUACCUUAAUCCACUGAAUUAUGUGUGGCCCGACAUUUAGGUGAUUAAGACAUUUUAUUUUAAAAAGAUGGUUCAAACUAUCGAAUGCCUUCUCAAAGUCUGCAAAAAAUAGAAGUCCAUGUUUAUUAUAAAUCUCUAGAUAUUCAAUAACAUCGAACAUUAACCUAACGUUUUCACCAAUAAAUCUGUUUUUCAUGAAACCUGUUUGAUCAAACCUUAUUAUAAGUGGUAGAACCUUUUUUAUACGGUUUGCAAUUGCUUUGGUUGCGAUUUUGUAAUCUAUAUUCAACAAACUUUUUGGUCGCCAAUUUGAAAUAUUAUCAAGGUUUUUAUCUUAUUUAGGAAUAAGAGUUAUAAUACAUUGUUUUUGUAAGGCAGUAAGUUCACCAUGUUCAAAAGAGUAAUUUAUUGAUUUAAUGUAGUGUUCUUUCAAGGUGGACUAAAAUAUUUUAUAGACUUCAACGGUCAGUCCGUCAGAGCCUGGACUUUUAUUGUUAGCCAUUUCUAAUAAAGCACAUCCACACUCAUAAUCAUAUAAUUUUCCUUCACAUUGAGAUUUAUGUUCUUCACUGAGUUAAGUUAUUGGCACCUGAAAGAAAUCAGAAUGGUCGUCUCGUUCAUUUUAUUUUUUUUGUUAAGUAAUUCAUAAUAAGCUGUUUCUGCUACUAGUAUUUCAUCUUUUUCUGUUAAUAUUUUUCAUUAACAAUUAAUUUAUGAAUCGUUUUUUUUUCUCAGCCUUCCUUUUUUCUAAGUUGGCAAAAUAUUUAGAAUUCUUUUCAUUUCCUUCUAUUUUUAUAGCUU